UCCCUCCCUCCCCCCCCCACGUCUCGCCGCUCCGCUCCGCACCCCCGCUGCUGUCGACACUAGCACACCCCCUGCCCUCACCUCGCCGUAGCCCCAGCCCCGCGCCCGCUCCCGUGUGUAAUUCCCUUCCCAUCGAAAACAGCGAGCGAAAUCCCCGACCCGCUGUCGACCCCUUUGUGUUGUUUUUUUCUGUUGUGUUUUUUUACGGUUGCCUUUUUAUUUUUGUACAACUGGAGAGCCUCUUCAACUUAAUUGAUCAUGUCUAGUUCCACCCCCAUUGGCGCCUUGGAUGGCAAUCCGAGCACCCAAUCGUCGCUGGCACAGCAGGCCAUGAUGAGCUCAGACUACCGUGCCGCAUACCAGCAGCAACAACAACAGGCCUAUGGCCAACGUGUUGGCGUUGCACCCGCCACCUCUGCUGGUGGUGCUGCUACCUCUGCCGCUGGUGGUGCUGCCUCUGCUGCUGGUGGUGCCGCUGGUGCCGCCUCCGCCCAGCCCUACUACAACCAAGACCAACAGUACCAACAGUACACCCAGAUGUUGAACGGGAACCCUGCCGCCAACCAACAGUAUGCCUCGUACUACAUGCAGUUCAACCAGGGCCUUCCUCAACAACAACAACAACAGCAACAACAGCAACAACAACAAGCUGCUGUAGUUGCCCAACAACAAGCUGCCGCUCAACAACAAGCAGCUGCCGCUGCUGCUGCCGCCGCUGGUCAACCAUCACAGGCCCAAUCUGAUGCCUAUUCUUACUCAAGAUAUCCAACCAGCUACGUCCCCGGUUAUUCUUAUCAACAAGCCGCUGCCGUUCAACAACAGCAUUCACAACAUCCACAUGCUCUGCACUCUCUGGCCCAGACACAGCCACAGCAAGCCCAGGGCCAACCACCAUUGGGUGGUGGUCCUGCCACCGGUGGUGCAGGAGGUUAUUCUUCCUCUGCUGCCGGUUCAGGUGUCCAACCAUAUGAAGCUUCAAGUACUGCCAAUGGCAGUGCCACCACUACUCCUGCUCCUGGAGAUGCACUUGGAUCUGGGGGUGCUCCUCCACCACCUGGUAGCGCCGGAGGUGCUGCUGGAAGUGGAGGUGCCGCCUCUUCCUCAGUGGGUCAAUACCAACCACCAGGGAUCCGUCCAAGAGUCACCACCACCAUGUGGGAAGAUGAAAAGACCUUGUGUUACCAAGUGGAUGCCAACAACGUCUCCGUGGUGAGAAGAGCAGACAACAACAUGAUCAAUGGUACCAAGUUACUCAAUGUUGCCCAAAUGACCCGUGGGAGAAGAGAUGGGAUCUUGAAACUGGAAAAGGUCCGUCAUGUGGUCAAGAUCGGGUCGAUGCACCUUAAGGGAGUAUGGAUUCCCUUUGAACGUGCAUUGGCCAUGGCACAACGUGAAGGAAUUGUUGAUUUGUUGUAUCCAUUGUUUGUUCGAGACAUCAAGAGAGUUAUUCAAACUGGUGUCACUCCAAAUGCUCCACAAUCGCAAACCCUGGCACCAUCUCAAGCCGGAGGACCUGUUCCUUCUGGCAGUGGUGGUGUUGCUGCUGGUGCUGCUGGAGGUAGUGCCGUCGGUACGCCUUCUCAAGUGGCCACUGCUCCUGCCGUUGCCUCCACUGCUGCUGCUGCUUCUGCCGCAGCCGCUGGUGUCAACUUGUCGAGCUAUUACCAACAAUACCUGCAACCAUACGGAGCUGGACCCAAUGGCAUUGGCCAAGCUUCUGCUGGAGGCUCGCAACAAUCCCCAAGAGCCGCGGUAGGUUCCACUGCCGGUGGCACAGCCGCCGACCAGUCGCACUACCAGCUUGCUCAACUGGGUCAACCUCAACAACAACAGCAACAACAACAACAACAAUCUGUUCUGCAACAACAAUCAGCACAGCAAUUGUACGGGUACCAACAGCCAUACUAUGCGCCUAACCAGUACUACCAGUCGUACAAUCCGAACGGAGCCGCGUACUCGUCGUACAACUCGCAACCAAUGUACCUGGCUUAUGGAUACCCUGGCCAACAGCCACAACAUCUCCAGCAACAACAGGCGUUGCAGCAACACUCACAACAACUGGCUCUGCGCCACCCACUCCACCAGACCGCUGGAGGAGCGUCGCAUGAGUCUGGAGCGUCUGCCAACGGCACUGGUGGUGAAAGCAAUUCUGCUGACGCCAACACGUCUGUGACUUCGUCCCACAGUGCGGAUCACAAGACCAAGCAGGAGAAGGACUAGGCGCCGCGUAUGCUGCGUCUGCCACCCCCUACCUGCGCCCUGCCUGCUAACCCCCACCUCACCCCCACACACACACUACAUUACACUACACUGCACUGCAC